AUGGCUACAUUCAAGAUAAUCAUCAUCGGCACCGGAAUCGGCGGCCUUGCCACAGCGCUUAGCAUUUCUCAGAAGACAAAACAUGAAAUUCUGAUUCUGGAAAGCAGUCCGAUCCUGACUGAAGCUGGUGCUGGUAUCCAAUGCUCUCCUGCUGCAACUCGCAUCCUCAGCGGCUGGGGUCUGCGGGAUCAAUUCGAGGCAAUUGCCGUACGUCCGGACUUGAUGGAGAUCAGACGAUACGAAGACAACGACCUCCUGGGCAUCUCUUUCAUCAACAUCAAGGGCUACUCUGUCCAGAUGAGGGGAUUUCCUCACUGGUUUGUUCAUCGAGUCGACUACCAGAAAAUCCUCGCGGAUGCCGUGACAAAAAGAGGCGUCAAGAUCGAGUUCGGGCAAAAAGUCGCGGCUGUCGACGUCGAAGAGGUCAAGGUAACGUUGGAGGACGGGAGAUCGCUACACGCCGAUCUGAUUAUCGGGGCCGAUGGAAUACACUCAAGAACUCGACGCUCAAUUCCUGGCCUGCAGGAUAUUGUCCCCCGACGAGUGGACCACUACUGUUAUCGCGCUAUUGUGCCCCGUGAGAAAAUGCUGAAGAAUCCGCUGACUGCUGCACUUCUCGAGAACGACAGUUUACAGGUUUGGGCUGGUGAAUUCAAGCAUUUGAUAGGGUACCCAUUCGCCAAUGGCAGGUUUUACAACCUGGUUCUGACGGUUCCAGACGAUGGGGAAGCUCCUCUGGGCCGGUACAAUGAGCCAGGUGACGUCUCGGAGAUGCGGCAGGUGUUCCAAGACUUCAACGACACGGUUCACGCCAUUCUGAAUGCCGUGGAUAAUUGCGCCAAAUGGGUUCUAGCGGAACUCCCACAAUUACCUUCCUGGUCGAGUCCAAACGGACGUGUUGUUCUUGUGGGAGAUGCUUGCCACGCCAUGGUGCCCCACGCCGCCUCUGGAGCAGUAGCAUCGCUCGAGGACGCCGAAGUUCUUGGUCUUUGCGUGGCAACUUGCAAAGAGGCAGCAGAUCUUCCCAGAGCCACCAAAGACUACCAGCACUUGCGCAAGCCUCGAGCCGAACGAAUCCAGGAAAUCUCGCGUCAGAAUGCCACAACUUUCAACUUACCUGAUGGGCCAAAGCAACAAGACAGAGAUCGUAUCUGGCGCGCGCAGAAGGCGAUGGCAGAGAAGGAGUUACAAGAGGGCUUCGAGGUGGCGGUCCUGGAAGAAGAUAAGAAUCAAGUGUUUCCACAUCCGGCUGUGGUCCAGUGGCUUGUCGGACACAAUGUCAUAGAAGAGACGAAGCGCUACCUUGCGAGUCGAGAAUAG